CCAGCCUUCUGAUCCAUUUCUACUUGUCAUGUUCGACAACAACAUGAGAGCCAAUACUCGCGAGGAUGGGAGGACCAGACAAAGCCAAUAUGCCUCCUGGCUCUUCGACCAGGAUGAUGUUUAUUGUGUCGUCUAAUGUCGAAAAGGUCGAUCCAGUUGUCAGGAAGCAGAUCAGAAGCCAUGUGAUGCGCGGGAAAAGGCAGAAGAAAUACCAACCUGAAGAUGACAAACGAGCAACGAGCCUAGCGAAGACCGGCAACCGUGUUCCGAAAACGCCAGCCAAUCUCGAACAAGUGAUGAGGACGUACGCGCCAUUGGUGCCCCGGACCAUCCUAUUUGAUUUAUCCUUCGCCGCCGAUGAGAUCGACGCUUUGAUGGCUCUGAGGAUGGUAGAUGUCUCCAUGAUCGCUACAAGGGUUAUGUUUCCUCUCAUGAGGGCAAUUGGUUCCCAGGCGGACGGCCAAGAGUCCUGUCCUGUCUCAGGUCGGCCUAUCAUCUCACAUGGACCCGUUGACGCUGCUGCCCUACACAUAGCGGCAUUUGCCGUCUACGGGUUCAUUGACCGCAUUCUACGCCGUCAGGAUGAGUUCACCAACCCAGCAGCAAUGCUACACUUUCAGAAAGGCCUCAAACUUCUCCGAGAAAGGCUAUUGAGGACAGACGAUGAAAUGCAGCUUUCGGACUCUACGAUCGGCGCUGUUGCAAAAUUGGCUAGUCACGCUCAUUUCGAGGGAGAUUCUCAAGCCUCCAAGCAGCAUAUGGAAGGCCUUCGCAAGAUGGUCGACUUGCGAGGCGGUCUAGAUGUCUUCAAUGGGAAUAAACUUCUCGUGGAGAUGCUGAGAUGUGACCUGGGUAUCGCUUUACACAAUGGUUCAAAACCCGUGUUCUUCCGUCAGCCUUCAGAGCCAGUACCCGGGUACCCGGAGACGCUGCUGCGAGCUUGCAACGACGAAAAAUGCCCCCAAGACAAUGUCGAUUUGCUUCGCGACAUGGACCACGAUUUGGCGACGGCCUGGCGAAUCAUGCGAAGGUUUUGCCUUCUAGUCAAUCUAGGCACCCAGAUUCAACGAUUGAUCCAUCCAGAAAUUAUCGUUGAGACGAUGACUGCAGUGACAUAUCGCCUGCUUUACAUGAAUUUUAUCACUGGGUCCGUCGAUGAAGUAAUUCGGCUUGGACUGUUGGCUUUUUGUCAUCAUAUUUUCUUGCAGUGGCAGGAUAUCAGAUUACCCUAUUACCGCUUUCCUACGGGCUAUCGGAAUCGCAUUCUGGGCGUCAAACCUAGCCAGCGUCUUUCUCCUCAGGUAGUGCUUUGGUUGUUGAUGACUGGGGCUAUUUCGUUGUAUGAUACAUCAGAGGAAUCAUGGCUGAGAGAAUCCCUGCGGGACUAUGCCGACCGGUGUCAGGUGAAGUCAUGGAAGGACAUGCAGGAAACAUUGAAGUGUUGCAUGUGGGUUGUGCUGUUGGACGACCAGCCCGGGAGGCAGAUCUACAAUCUGUUAUACCACGAUAAGGACAAAAUUUAAAGUACGUGGUUUCUGAGACCGUGACUGUUUGUCUUUCGAAUUCGAAGUCCGAAGACUUAUUGGUGAUUUCGGUUCCUUUACGGCAUUUACCGGAACAUGCGGAGAAGUGAUUCAACCUCUUCGACCAUCACUCGAAACUACGAAGUAUCUGCCUAGGGGUCAUUGAAGACCGCGC